GUCGCUUCUUGGCGCGCGUUUCGUUUCUUCGCAUCUCGUUCACGCCGUGCUGCUACUAUCUAAUAUCACCUAUUCAUACCCUUUCCAUCGCAGGCGUAUCGCAAAAUAUCUCCGCUUCGCGAUUAGUCCAAAACGUCCGCUUCAUCUCCUCGCGAUUGCCUGCCUUGUCUGACCCAUAAGCUCAGAAGGAUCAUGAUGGAACCUUGGCCACUCUCGGAGUUUCUUGCUGCUGCCUCUGAGGUCUGGCGGCCGCCGCCAUGACUAUGUAUGCUACUACAUGAUGAACAGUAGGAAGCCUUCUCGCGACAUACGUGCCUCGAUAUUGUCGCCUCAACGCGUACUCUUUCCCUCUCAAACUUUGCAGCACAAUCAUGCACGACAAGCUUGUCUAUCUUUUUGGCUCCCAAGCCCUCUCUCUGACCCACGACGAUGCUGCCAGACUACGUAUUACCAUCAAGAACACUCCCAGCUUGCAAUGGCUGGAGCAAGCUGUGACCGAAUUGUCAUCCGUCGUAGAGGACUUCUCGAGCAACGCAGCCGCCUUUAUACCGCCCAAGGUAUCGGCCAAUGUGCAGCUUCUACGACAAUUCUUCGCAUCCGAUAUGCCUGCAGCCGAACUUCCGUCUUCCCUUCCAAACGUCUUGCUCACUCCUUUGGUCGUCAUGGGACAUUUGAUAGAGUACACACUUCUGACCCACUCGACAUCAGCUUUCGACGAUUCAUUAAGCCAAGUCUUUGGGCUCUGCACGGGCAUGCUUGCUUCUUUUGCUAUCGCUUCAAGUAGAGAUUGGACCAGCCUUGCAAACUAUGGAGCGGUCGCUCUUCGUCUUGCUGUCCUCAUUGGCGCUAUCGUAGAUGCCUCAGAGGAUGACGCGGCUGCUGGGCCCUCGAGAUCCUUCGCGGCAGCGUGGGCCGGAAGCAUGGGGAGGGAAGACAUUCUACAGAUUAUUUCCACUGUGCCUGAUGCAUAUAUGGCGGUCACAUACGACGACUGUCGCGCGACAAUCACCACGUCGUCCGCUCAUGCAGCAGAAGUUCAGGACAAAAUGCAAGCCGCGAGUGUUACCGUGACGGAGCUAGGCUUCCACGGGCGCUUUCACUGGACAGAACACGCCAAAUCGCAACAUUCUUUGCUGGCUUUUUGCCAAGACCGACCCAAGUACCACUUCGCUGAUCUUGAGAAUCUGACCUCAGGUACUCGAUCCAACCAGCGAGGUCCUAUCUUGGAAUCGCAACGUCUGCACGAGGUCGCGAUUCAAUCGUUGCUGACUCUGCAACCGCAAUGGUCCGAUGUUCUCUCGGAAGCUAUCGACUCCAUCACGCCCGGCGUGGACUACUCGAUGUUCAUGUUUGGCUCAGAACGCUGUGUACCUCCCAGUUUGAUUCCACGAGUGCGAAAGUUUUUGAAACAGACUGUCGGUGUGAUCAGUCAGACAGAAGCCUUGCUCCCGGCUCAGCACCAUCAGAUCCCUGACAAGCAUGAUGAUAUUGCCAUCAUUGGCAUGUCUUGCAAGGUGUCUGGAGCCGAAGAUCUCGAGGAAUUUUGGGAGCUCCUUUGCAAAGGCGAAUCGAGACAUCGCGAAGUCAACUCUGAUCGUUUUGACUUUGAGAGCCCCUUUCGUACACAAGAUAGCAAACGCAAGUGGUUUGGCAACUUGAUUGACGAUUACGAUGCCUUCGACCACAAGUUCUUCAAGAAGAGCCCUCGCGAAGCCAGCUCGACUGAUCCCCAACAGAGACAGUUGUUGCAGUCUGCCUACCAAGCCAUUCAACAGUCUGGUUACUUCCGCAAACAGGACCCCGAUCGACAUGUAGGCUGUUACAUUGGUGUCUGCUCUGUGGACUACGAAAAUAACAUCGCCUGUCAUCAGCCAAAUGCAUAUUCCUCCAUCGGCAAUUUGAGGGGUUUCAUUGCAGGCAAAGUCAGUCAUUACUUCGGUUGGACGGGACCUGGCUUGACGAUCGAUACCGCUUGUUCCUCCUCGGCAGUCGCCAUCCAUCAAGCCUGCCAGGCCAUCCUUACCGGGGAAUGCAACACUGCACUUGCCGGUGGUACACACGUCAUGACUAGCUCCCUCUGGUUCCAAAAUCUUGCUGGCGCUUCCUUCCUCAGCCCUACUGGAUCUUGCAAACCAUUCGAUGCUGCUGCCGACGGGUACUGUCGAGGCGAGGGUGUAGCUACUGUUGUUCUCAAACGAUUGUCCGCCGCAAUCGCUGAUGGAGACACUGUGUUCGCCACAAUUGCAGGCACUGCUGUUCAGCAGAAUGAGAAUCGCACACCGAUCUUCGUUCCCAAUUCUCCCUCUCUUUCGGAUCUUUUCCGCAGGGUCACAGAUCGAGCUCAACUCCAGCCAGAGCAAAUCACUGUUGUGGAGGCUCACGGAACCGGAACUCCGGUCGGUGAUCCUGUCGAGUACAAUAGCGUUCGCGAGGUUCUCGGUGGUGAUAAGAGGACCUCGAACAUUGCACUCAGCUCAGUCAAAGGGCUGAUCGGCCAUCUCGAAUGCACAUCAGGUGUCGUUUCUCUCAUCAAGAUUGUCAUGAUGAUGCUCAAGGGCUCCAUCCCUCCUCAGGCGAGCUUCAAGAACAUCAAUCCAGCAAUCAAGAGCUCGCCCAGCGAUCACAUCACUAUUCCUACAAGCCUACUGCCAUGGUCGACUGCACGCAAAGCAGCUCUGAUCAACAACUACGGAGCAUCUGGGUCUAAUGCUUCGAUCGUGGUCAAGGAAUUUAGCAUCAAGCAGAAUCGCCUGGCAACCAGUUCUCAACAGAAACACAUCUUCUGUUUCUCGGCACUAGACCGCAAUAGUCUCUCCAGAUAUAUCCAGCGAUUCCGUACGCUUCUUGUCUCGAAAGGUCCGAAGACACCCAAUUUAUUGGAGGACAUCUCCUUCAACCUGCUUCGCGAGUUCAAUCCGACACUCCCCGAGCGCUUCAUCCUUACAGCUAGCUCCAUUUCUAGCCUUGAUGAUCGGCUGCGAAAAUUUGAACACGAGAUGUCUCGCGAUGAGACAGUCCUUGCGUCGAAACCUGUGAUUCUCUGUUUCGGAGGACAGAGUUCUACGUUCGUGGGUUUGGACCAGAACAUUUACCAACAAAGUAGCUUGCUGCAGAAGCACCUCAAGAUCUGUGACUCGGCUUGCAACUCGUUGGGUGUGGGCUCUGUAUUUCCCUACAUCUUUCAGCGCAGCAGUCUCGAUGACUUGACAAAGCUGCAUUGUCUCCUUUUCUCUCUUCAGUACUCCUGCGUUCAAGCCUGGAUUGAUUGUGGAGUCGUUCCUGCCGCCAUGGUCGGACACAGUUUUGGCGAGCUUACUGCUCUCUGCGCGUCUGGUUCUCUCAGCCUCGAACAUUGCUUGAAAGCCAUCAUCGGCCGUGCAAAAAUCAUUGAGAGUUCUUGGGGCUCUGACACUGGUGCUAUGAUGGCGGUUGAGGGUGAUCUGAACCAGGUCGAAGAACUCUUGCGCCAGAGCAAUCCUCUUGGAAGCUCGGAUCAGUCUGCAAACAUUGCUUGCUUCAACGGUCUUCGCCAGUUCACAGUGGCUGGUUCUCAAAAGGCUAUUGAUAGCAUUUCAAAUGUCUUGUCGACUUCUCUAGAGUUUGGUAACUUGCGUACAAAGCGGCUGAACGUCACUCACGCCUACCAUAGCAUGCUUACCUCCCCACUGAUGGAUGCAGUAGAGCAGGCAGCAGAAGACGUUAGGUUCAUGCAACCACAAAUUCAGCUGGAAAGAACAACUGAGAGUCAUUCAACCUCAGCCUUGACUCCGCUUUUCUUCGCAGAACACAUGCGCAACCCCGUAUACUUCAGUCAUGCUGUCCAGCGCUUGGCGCACCAGUAUCCCAAUGCUGUGUGGUUAGAAGCCGGAUCAUCUUCUUCGGUGACUCUUCUUGCAAAGCGCUCAAUGACAAACAUUAGUGGCCACACUUUCGUCGAAUUGAACAUAACAAACGACAAGGCUCUGGACAAUCUAGCGGAGACGACUGCAGCCCUUCUAAAAGCCGGAGUCUCUACAACGUUCUGGCUUCAUCAUUCUUUGCAAUCGCGGAAUUACGCUCCACUCAUACUUCCGCCUUAUCAAUUUGAGAAGUCACGCCAUUGGAUGGAGCAGAAGAAGAUGCCUACUUUGUUGGCCUCCGGAACGUCGAACCAACCGGUCUCACAGCAAGGGCCCGAAAUGCUGUUGAACCUUGUAAAGAUAGACAAAGGAGGUCUCACUGCACGUUUCGGCAUCAACACAGGUCACACUGCUUAUGAACAGCUGCUCUCAGGUCACAAGAUUGCUCACACUGCACCCAUCUGUCCCGCCACCGCCCAGCUCGACUUCGCGCUCGAGUCAGUAAAGACGAUGAUUCCAGAGAUUCCUGCAGCACAGUUCUUCCCUGAGCUUCAAGACGUUCGGAAUCUUUCACCAGUCUACCGAGACACAUCUCGCGUGUUAUGGCUUGAUCUUGAGGGCAAGCCUGAUAAGAAGACUUGGUCGUUCAAGAUCACAAGUACAAGUGCCAACCAUUCUGAUUCGACCACCCAUACAGCAGGGCGAGUCAUUCUUCUUGAUGCUCAAGACAAAGCCACCAGAUUGAGCUUUUCACGAUACGAGAGGUUGAGAAUGCAUGAGAGAUGCCUGAGCAUUUUGAAUGAUUCGAACUCGGAUGAAGUCAUCCAGGGACGCAACAUCUACAGAGCCUUCUCUGAUGUCGUUGAUUACGGUCCACAGUUCCGAGGGCUGCAGAAGCUGGUCGGCAGACAAGACGAGUCUGCUGGUAGAAUCUCUCAAGCAUAUGAUGCCAGGACAUGGCUCGAUCCUCUCCUGUCGGACGUCUUCUGCCAAGUGGCGGGCAUCUUCGUUAAUUGUAUGUCUGACCGAGGCCCUGAGGACAUGUAUCUUGCUUGCGAGAUUGAAAAUUGGAUGCGUUCGGCUGAUUUGCAGGUGGGUUCUGCUCGACCGCCAUUUUACAAUGUCUUGGCAACGCAUCACAGGACCUCAUCUGAUGCUGUCACUUCGGACGUCUUUGUCUUCGACGGCGUCACAGGAGGACUCGUUGAGAUUGUUCUUGGUUUGAAGUACCGCAGCGUGAAGAAGGCUUCAAUGCAGCGCAUCCUUGCCAGAAUGACUCCAGAACUUGGACAUGGUGCAAGCGUCCUUCCAGUCGCUCAACCUCAAGUUCAGAAGGCCGUGCCUGCCUCCACUCAGCACUUAUCGCAACGACCAAAACUUCCGAAAGCACCAAAGGCUUCAACUCAGGCUUCACUUGUCCUAGACCAGAUCCGAUCAGUUCUAGCUUCAUUCCUUGGCCUCCAGCCUCAGGAGAUCCUCGCAAGCAGUGACCUGGCUGAUCUCGGUGUUGAUUCGCUCAUGGCUAUGGAGAUGAUCUCUGAACUGGAAAGAACUCUGAAAUGCGAUCUGCCUCUGGACGAAGUCGCUAACGUCACCACUGUCUCCUCUCUCGUUAAAUGUGUAUCUUCAUCGCUGCCUGGAGGAAGUGAUGAUUCAGACACUUCCAUGUCAGACACAUCUUCCGACACAGACAGCUCAGACUCUUUACCUACCACAGCUGCAACAACACCGGAAGAAAGAUGUAUCGACAGCACAUCUCAUCUUGCGGAGUUCUUGGGCCUGGACGUGGGCGCAAUCAAACCAAGCACAGUCCUCCGUGACCUUGGUGUCGACUCUCUCCUCGCGAUAGAGUUACGGGCUGACCUUGCUUCGGCCUUUGAUGUUCAUCUGUCCAUGGACCUGUGUGUCGAAGAUUUGACAAUCGAUGAAUUGAAUCGAGCGCUUGGCGCUCCCGCUUGGAGCUCGAGCGAUUCAGUUGCACACGCAUCACAAACUCAACCUCCUAUCGUGUCCACCACCUCUGCAGAUAAGCCAGUCAUGGAAGCAGGACCCAGGUCGAAAAUUCCAGAAGAUGUUGCACUUAGCUUGCCGGGCGAACUUGUACGUGCAGCUUUUGCUCAAACGAAAAAAGCAACCGACGAUCAGUACAUCACUUUCGGCUGUCAGGACUACAGCGAGACAACUCUACCGCUGAAAACGGAGCUUUGCAUUGCGCUGAUCGUAGAGGCUUUGGAACAGCUCGGCUGUCAUAUUCGUACGGCUCGAGAGAGCACAUCAUUACCUUGGGUAAACUGUCGCGAAGAUCAGAAACAUCUGCGAGACUACCUCUACCAUGCACUUUCCAAAGAGGCAGGCCUCCUCGUCAUCGAAAACGGGAAAGUGCUGCGUACCGCAGAAGUGCUCAGCCCAGACGAUAGUCAGCGAAUAAUGGCACGAGCUGUGCAGGUUUCGCCGCUCGAAAAGGGUGCUUUUGAUCUGAUUUACCAUGCUGGUUCAAACCUUGCGGCAGUCUUGUCUGGCAAAACCGACGGUAUCAAGCUCAUCUUCGGUAACGCUAGAGGUAGGGAAUUGGUGUCGUCGCUCUAUGGCGAGUGGCCCAUCAACCGCCUCAUGUAUCACCAAAUCGAAAACUUCCUCUCGAGAUUGUCAGAGGGCGUCUCUCCCGGUGAUGGAGUCCUUCGGGUUCUCGAGAUGGGUGCCGGGACUGGCGGCACAAGUCAGUGGCUGAUCCCGUUGCUGGCUUCUUUGCCCAUGCGUGUCGAAUACACAUUCACCGACCUAGCGCCAUCCUUCGUGGCUGCGGCCCGCGGGCGUUUCAGCCAAUACGACUUUAUCAAGUACCGCACUCACGAUAUAGAGCAUGGUGCGCCUGAGGAUCUACGGAACAGUCAACACAUUGUGAUUGCAAGCAAUGCCAUACAUGCGACACAUGACAUUACCAAGUCGGCAUCUCAUGUCAAGGAGUUUCUACGCUCUGACGGACUGCUGUUGAUGAUUGAGAUGACCACGCCACUGCUAUGGGUCGAUGUCAUCUUCGGCCUCUUCGAAGGUUGGUGGUUGUUCGAUGAUGGACGUUCGCAUGCAGUCACCAAUGAAGCUGACUGGAGACGUCAUCUCCUCGCGGCGGGUUAUGGUUCAGUGGACUGGACAGAUGGCAAACGACCCGAGAACAAACUCGAGAAGCUCAUCAUUGCCAAAGUCAUGCCUCCCGCGAACUCUCCUGCAGAUGCCGUAGCGCCCGACGAUACUGCAUUGACAGGUCCGCCCACUUUCGAGGCAAGAGCAGCGGCUAUCGAGCACUACGUCCAACGCAUGUCCCAAAAGUUCAGUCGCCCAUCUCCGGCUCUGUCACAAGCGAGCAAGAAACCUUCGGGGACUUGUGUGUUGAUCACCGGUGCAUCAGGAAGUCUCGGAGCACAUCUCGUGUCCAACCUGGCUGAGAGGGACGAUAUAAAAUCCGUCAUUUGUCUCAAUCGGCCCCAUGGCGGCGAUCCUCAAACGCAUCAGCUGAAGUCCCUGAUCUCCCGAGGCAUUCUCCUUUCUGCCAAAGGCUUGACCAAGCUUCAGACUUUCGAAGGGGACAUGACACAACCAAUGCUCGGCCUUCCACGCGAAACUUACCAGCGUCUACUCGAGAGCGUGACUUGUAUCGUCCACAACGCAUGGACGAUGAGCGCCAAACGCCCGAUUGCAGGAUUCGAAGCACAAUUCGAAAUCAUGGGUAACUUACUCCGCAUGGCUAGCGAGAUUGCCGGCUUGAGACCUCGCGACUGCAAGACACGAUUCGUGUUUGUGUCGUCCAUUGCGGUGGUCGGUCAUUAUCCCAUCUGGAAGGACACGCCUCAAGUUCCGGAGGAGCGUGUUGCGAUAGAGGCCGUGCUGCCCAAUGGAUAUGGCGAUGCGAAGUGGGCCUGCGAAUUGGUUCUCGACCGCACUCUGCAAAAGGCAAGUCCAACACUUACAUGCUUCUAUCCCGAUCAGUUCGCUACAUCCAGCAUCCGUGUCGGCCAAAUCGCCGGCUCCCGCAAAAGCGGAUACUGGAAUCCAAUGGAACACACCUCGUUCCUGUGGAAGUCAUCGCAGAUGCUAAACGCCAUCCCCAACCUGCAAGGCCUGCUCUCCUGGACGCCCGUCGACGACGUCGCAGGCACGGUAGGAGAUUUAUCAGAACUCACCACCUCACCGCACGCAAUCUACAACAUCGACAACCCAAUCCGCCAACAAUGGACAGACAUGAUACCCGUCCUCGCCACCGCCCUCGGUAUCCCCCAAGCCAACAUCAUUCCCUUUGAGGACUGGGUGUCUCUGGUGCGCGAAAGCGAAAAAGACGGCAAGACGGCGGCGGUGAAUCCGGCGAGUAUGUUGUUGGAGUUUUUGGAGGAUAACUUUUUGCGCAUGUCGUGUGGAGGGUUGCUUUUGGGGACUGAGAGGGCGAGGGAGCAUUCAGAGACGUUGAGGAAUGUGGGACCGGUGAGUGAGGAGGUUGCGAGGAGGUUUGUGCAGGCGUGGAAGGACAUGCGGUUUUUGUCAUGAGGGAGGUUGGUCUUCUUUGGUGUUGGCGUGGUGAGGGUAUGCGGGCGUUUCGGGGGGGGGGGGGUGGUGGUGGUGUUUUGGUU